GUCAUUUGUUCAUUAGCAUAGCUAACGUUAUUUAAACUAGCUGCUAAGGAGCUACUCUAUUGAUGUUCUACGUGAUGAGGCCAAACUCCCUGUAGACUUGCUUAAAGUUGUAAUAGAAUAAAAAAUGACUCCAUGAUAAUAUAAGUACAUGUUCUAAUGUCACAUUUUCUGCAUACACCCAACUUAGUUUACAGAUUAGACAAAAUCACUGAACAAAGUAUUACAUACACCCCUGGAGGUCGACGGGCGGGGGCAGGGGCAGGGGCAGGGGUGCUACCUCCCUGAAAUGAGUUUUUGCAGGGUGGGAUGUCUGUAUCCAGUGUGUAUAACUGGACUCUGUGAUCUAUGGCCCGUUUGCAGGGAUACUCUCGGCCUCACUAUCUACCUGGUUGUGAUUGUCUACCUGCCCUGUACUUUAUUCUGCAUUCUUACUGUCUGUCUUGUUCUACCUCCAUGCACGGUGUAAUUGAUUUGAUCUAGAUGUAAGGCAGGCUUUUCACUGCAUCUUGAUACAUGUGACAUUGUUGCUAAUUUAAAAACAAGCACAUGGAUGAACAUUUAAGUGCUGCUGGAAGAGCCUAGUUUUUCACAGAUGCGCCUUAGUCUGCCCGAAACGAAUUGUUCUUCCCGAACGGUGAGAUAUCCGUAAGGGAAUUCCGCCGACUGGCGCUUUCCAGUUCUGUGGGGAAGGCCCGCCGGCUCGGCUCCUGCCCCGGCUGGACGUGGAGCAGCUCAAAGGUGGAAGAGCUCUUAAACGACAAUGCGGUUGUAUCACUCCAGUUGUCCGCUUGAGCGGCUCUGGCGCGCGUACAAAAAUUAUGUGCCAACAUUGCUAUGUAGUAAACCAGCAACACUGAAUGCAUUGAACAGGCAACACUAAGGGCGUUGUGUUCUUUUUAAAAAUAUAUGAUGAAUAAACAUUAAUUUAAAAAUAAAAUACUAAACAAAAAAUCCCAUUAAGCGCCACCUGUGGAGCUCGCUCAUAGUUAAACAAGGAGGCGUUAGGACCUGGAGGAGCCGAGGCGGCUCCGGCCAUGCAGCGGAACUUUCCAUAAAGUUUCUUUUCCCCUCCGCUGCAUGUGGUGAGUUAACUUCCGGGAAUUUUCCUGAGGCCUGAAGUAAUUUAAAUCUUUGAUGCUGAGGGCGAAGUGUUCACUGCUGAGCGCCGGCUAAGAGCGCUGGCGUCCCGGAUCGUCACCGCUCUCCAUGCCGUCUGUUCUCGGAGAGACCCCCGGAUCCUCAGUGACUCCUUGUUCAUUGACUGGACGGAAAAGAUGUGCAGGCACCUGUUUCCAUGAAAAGCUGCAGCGAAGGGAAGCUGAGAAGGUUUCCGCUAUAAGGAGGAUGAGCUGGGAGGAGCGGUUUAAAAGAACCUUAACCCUACAACCCAGAGAAAAGCCAGGUAUUGUCAUCACAAGGCAACCUGAGUGUGCAUCUGUCCCAGCCGGUUGUCCUGUCGCUCUUCAUUGUUCUGCCAUUGGACCUACACCACUACAGUACCAGUGGUUUGAAGGCAAGGAGGAGAUCGUCGGGGCAACACAGUCGGUACUUCUGGUUGACUCUGUGAAGACUGGGAUUUACGUGUGCCGAGUGAACGAUGAACAGAACCGAUGUGUUUUCAGCAACUGGGCAAAGGUCAAGGUUCAUUUUAUCAAAUCUGCAGGGUUACCUCGAAACUGGCAGGGCGAGCUAGUGAUUGGUGUGCAGCCUGAGUCCUCGAGAGUAAAACUUGGACAGAGAACAUCCUUGAUGUGUGUUGCAUUUGGAAUUCCUGCUCCCAACUACCAGUGGUACAAAAAUGGAAUACAGUUACCUCAUCAAUCCAAAGAGAAGUUGACAAUAGCUGCGGCUGAGCGGAAACAUUGCGGGUCUUACUUGUGUGCGGUUACCAAUAACCGAGGACAAGAGUGCUGGAGUUCUGCUGCUGACAUAAGCGUAGUGGAAAACAUCAGCGUUCCAUUACCACUACCUUCCCGAAGAGUGAAGAGUCCGUGUGAAGGGAAGACAGCAGGAAGUUCCACACCAGUCUGCUUGACGCCAGCCACACAUCGAGAUGUCAGACUGUGCGCAACUGACAAAGUGGCGUUGCUGAUUGGGAAUAUGAACUAUGUAAAUCAUCCUAAGCUGGUAGCGACCAUGAUGGAUGUUUUUGAACUGUCAAAUCUUCUGCAGCAGUUGGACUUCCGGGUAGUUUCCCUGCUGGACUUGACCAAAGAGGAGAUGCAAAGUGCAGUCAAACAGUUCCUCCAACUGCUGGACAGCGGUGUCUAUGCUCUCUUUUACUAUGCUGGGCAUGGCUAUGAAUGCACAGGCCGGAAUUACAUGGUGCCCGUCAAUGCUCCAAAUCCGUACAAGCCAGAGAACUGCAUCAAUGUCCAGAAAAUCCUGUGCAGGAUGCAAGAGAGGAACACAGCCCUCAAUGUCCUCCUACUGGAUAUGUGCAGGAAAUGGUAUAAUCAGGAUUACCUUCCCUCAGGUCUACAGCCACUUGCUCCCACAGGGAAUAUCGUUUAUGGAUAUGCAACGUGUGAAGAUGCAGAAGCCUAUGAGGUACAAGAUGGUGAACGCAGCUCAGGAAUCUUUAUGAAGUAUCUUAAGAGGCAUAUUCUCAAAAAAGAGAAAGUCACUCAGAUUUUGGAGAAUGUCUCUGAGGACAUGGGGAAGGACAAGAUGAUCAUUGGCAAGCAGGUGAUGGAGAUUAGGCACACCCUGAAGGAGCGCCGUGCACUGACUGAUGAAGUUUGUGCGACAGGACAUACCGCGCAACUCAACGUGAGGAACGAGCGCUGGCGACAAGCCAAUGAACUGCCUGAGAAGAAGACUAUUCAGUUUCCCUGUGGUGUGGUAGUGGAGUUAAGCUGUAGUGCCGUUUUCUCCAACGUGAUGACAAUUUAUGUCAACAUCAAGGCAAGAUCUUCCCAGAUAGCGGAGUGUAAAGUUUCCCUUCAGAAGCCAAAGGAGCUUGCUGAUAACAUUUCAGACCCUGAUGGAGACUCAUCCCAAAUGGAUUCCCUGCUCUCUUCUCUCGAUGGCAACCAGCAAUCAGACACAUCAUUGAAGCUCUGUGGUCUGCAUAAACUGAAGCAACCAUUGAUCCUGCGGGUGAUCCUCCAGUAUCAAAGCUGUAAGAAAAAGCCAAAGCUGGAAGAAAUAGUAGAUAUCGACUUGGGGCUCCCCCUGGUGGCACAGCUGGAGCUGUACAGGACAAUUCCAGCCACGUGGGCUGAAGAGGGCAUUGCCAGCAGCAGCCAUAUUUCUGCUGUGGCACCGACUAACACUGUCACGAAGGAUACGAGCCGUGCCUGUGGGACAGGUAUUCAGAAGGCAGCAGAUGAGCAAGAGCUUGUGCAUCUAGCUAGAAGGCCGAAUGAACCAGAGGAAAAUGAUGAGAGCGAAAUAUCAAAGUGGAGUUGGUAGCACAGUCUCCUUGGACUAAACUAGUGGAGAAGAUAAUAUGAGUGUAAUAAAUAUUAAAUAUUUGUGAUUAUGCACUCAACUUUAACUACUAAACUUCUGUCAGAUACUUGCUACACUGCACAUGGAGUUGCUGGCCAACUCCUCGUCAGUUCACGGGGUCUGCCAUUGGUGCUGGGCAGUUUCAGUGAAAACUUAAUGCUCUGAUUCAUAUGAAGGUUUGAAUAUCUUAAUUUAGUUGCCAGCCAGUUCCAUUUGGUUCUUGGCUAGAUGGUUGUUCGUUUAUGUCACUUGUGAGGCUCAGCCUCAGAACACAAGGAUAGAACAGAGAUGAGGGGGAAUUUCUUUAGACAGAGGGUAGUGAAUCUGUGGAAUUCAUUGGGUUUAUUUAAGGCGGAGGUUGCUAGGUUCUCGAUUAGUAAGGGUGUCAGAGGUUACAAGGAGAAGGCAGGAGAAUAGAGUUGAAAGGGAUAAUAAAUCAGCCAUGAUUUAUCUGAUGGACUGAGUGACCUAAUACUGCUCCUUUGUCUUACGGUCUUCACUGGAAACAGUGGAAAAGACUAUCUAUCAACAGUUCCAUCUGCUCAGUCUGUGAUACCAGUAAAAUUUACUACAGAUGGUUACUGGCUCACUGUCUUGAAUACUGUCAAUUGGAUAUACUGAGCACAUUUUUGCCAUUGAAAUUCUAGAUACUUGCUCAUUUUAUUAAGUUAAUGGCAUAUAGCCAAGCUGCGAUACUGGGUAUAAGUAACCUCAACUAAUCGUGAUUUACUGAAGCUGCUUCCGCUCAUUUUACCCUUUCUCAGCACACAUGACAAUGGGUGUGUGCUGGCUGAGACAUGGGGAUACACCAGUUCCCUGUAGGCACUCCUAGUGCACAAGGCUUUGUACCAAAGCACUGAAACUGAAAAUAAUCAGCAAGCUGGUCAACAACUGGACAUUGAUUUCACAUAAAUUGCUUAACUGCCUUUGAUGUGUGCUGUGUUCUUUAGGUUCACAUGUCAUCAGGUUCCUCAGUCAAGAGAGAGGAGAGAGUUAAACUGUCCUUGUGUAGUUUUAACAUCAGUUAAUUGGCGAAAGGGAAACAGCCCAAACUGCAGUGUGUUUGAGGUAGUGUACACAAUGUAAAAGCUAAGUUCCAUAGAUCAUGUUCGGAACACUACUAACAGGAAACAUUGUGAUUGUUACAGUGUAAGGAAAACGUGCAUUUAUUCUUAUUUCUUGUCCUUUAAUAGCACUUGACACCACAUUAAUUUUCUGUUUAUCUGUCAGGUUGUAGAAAUGGUGACAGUAACAUCAAAUGAUUAGAUAUUUUAUGCAAUAUUGGACUAAAACUGAAUCCAUAAAUGUAAUUUGGCUCCAGGACUGAUACACUGAGAGCUGUGAGGAUUUCACUGGUUAUACGCCAAUACAUUCUUGAGUGUUUAUGGAGCCUUGCUUUACACUUUAAUUAAGUUGUUAUUAUUUUAAACUCAAUGUUAUCUUUGAUGAUGGCUGAAGUUCUCAAACCUCAAUCACUAAAAAACUGGAGACUCAUGUUUGCCUACCAUUCUCAUUUUCCUGUCUGUUUGUAAUCAGAUCUGUUCAUUUCAUGAGCUUGUGAUACAGAAAACAGAAGUGACAAAGCAUCAUAGAAACAUUAAAUUUUUUGUGUAAUGAAUGGAUGAUGAGGUGGAAAAGACCUCGAUUUCUGUGCAUGAGGGUGAAAUGAUUGAUAGUAAUCUGAAAGCUCGUAUUGCACUCUGCGUUUUCAAUUCAUUGUGGACCAGGUCAUCCACCAUCUGUUUUAUACUAUUGCACUAGAUCGAGGUCCACCCCAGUAAUUUGGAACAUAAAGGAGACAAAUAAAUUUGACUAGUCUGACUGCAGAAGCCAAUUGAGAAGAACUAGACAGAUAUUAAGAGCUGAACUGGUGAUUUCAGAGGGUGUUGACCACCUGGAACAUACUGCUGGUGUGCUUAGCCAUGGCAGGUACUCCACAACCUUAACAAGGUAUGUAAGUAACCUCCUGAAUCAUCAGUGUGUAGAAAAGCAGACAGGUACUGGUAAGUGUAAUAAAUGCAUGGAUACUUGAUGAUUGAGAUGGACCUGAGAGGCCAAAUAUCUCUUUCUGUGCUCUGAUUCUAUGGCAAACAUGAAAGGUGACUUUAAACUAAACCACCCAGUGGAAAAUUAACUAGAUAACAUCAGAUGUGAAUUUAGUGGAUAUAAAAGUUGACAGUAUAUAACUAAGGUAAAUUUUAUUCUGACAGUUUCUCACCAGGAGAGUAAGGAUUAUGUGUUCAGGCAACAGCUCCAGUGCUCAGCCGACAGUAUUCUUGAUUUUUUAACACUUGUGAAUUUUCUUAUUAUAUUUUACUAAUUCAUUGGCACCCACUCUUCAAACAAAAUUAUGUCACAAAGUCACAUUAAAUGGCAGUGUUAAUCAGACUUCUUUGGAACAAUUCUAUUAAUUAAUAGGAACUUUCAUCACAAGAUCUCCACUAAUAUUAAUUAUCCCUCUAUUUCUAAUCUCUUUCUCAACUCUGACUUUUUGUGUCACUACUAAUUAUUUUGCACCACCAAUUGUAGCAAGAUUUCAGCUGCCCAUAAAGACUGAAAUUAUUUCCCUAAAUCCCUCCUUUUAAUAUGCUCCUCACACCUCCUUUGACCAAGUUUUAGGGCAUCUGAUACUAAGUCUAUAUGCAGCUUAGUGUUCACCUUUUCUGAUCUGAUUCCACUCCCUUGGUGAUGUGUUUUGGAGGGGUUGGGCUACACUAAAAAAAAGGUGUAUAAAUGCAAAUUGAAAAAUUUCAUUAGUGCUCUUACGGUUUUCAGUUAAGACAAAUGUGCUCUGAUAUAAAGCAUCCUGAGGAGUCAGCUGAACUCCAUGUGUACUAUACUCACUUUUGAAUUGGUUGUUUUGUGUCAAGUUUUGUGCCAGUUAGCGCAACACUAUUACUGCCCAGGGUGUCCCAGAGUUUGGAGUUCAAUUCUGGCACUGGUGCCAUCUGUUAGGAAUUUGUACAUUUUCCCCGUGAACUGCAUGGGUUUCCUCCCACUGUUCAAAGAUGGUCUGUUUAGUAGGUUAAUUGGUCACUGUAAGUUGUCCUGUGAUUAGGUUAGGGUGAAGUAAGUGGGUUGCUGGGGAGUGUAGCUCGUUGGGCUGGAAGGUUCCAUUGCACACUGUACCUGUAAGUAGGCACAAAAUCUGAUCCGUUAUUCCCUCAGCCUGAACAGGAGUUCUGCUCCGUCAGAGGCAUUGUACAAGUGGAAUAUUAAAUGGAUGUGACAUUUUGAAGAACAGGGAAAUUAUCUCUUGACCAACAUUAAUCUUUUAAAGUAUGUCACCGAAGAGCCAGAUGUAACUAUAAAUGAAAGAUUGCUAUCUGCAAAUUGGCUGCUGUGGUUCCUACGUUACAGUGAUCACACUUCAAAAAGUAUUUGAGUAGCACAUUGAUGCUUGGACUGAUUGGUGAGGAUGAGCACUUUGAUGGGAUGGCGCAGGGUCUGUAAAACUAGCACCAGGAAGUCAAUCCGUACGGAAAGGAUUGAGGUACAAACACAAUUCGGAAUAAUGCUGGAAAAACUAGCUCUUUGUUAUGUCUGAUAUUAAAGUUAUAUUUUGAUAUUAAUUUAUGUAACAUGUUUUACAUGAAGUUGUAAUACUUCAAAUGUAGAGUUAUUUAAUUUUCUGCAGAGUAGAGCUGGAAAUAUUUUGUUAAAUUUUGUCAUAGUAAAACUAAAAUAUUACAAUGUAUCAUUUGAAAAGUUUUGAUUACAUUAUAAUAAAAUGGAUUGUGCUGGA